AUGGCGCCCAAAGGCAAAGUUGGUACAAAGGGCAAGAAGCAGAUUUUUGAGGAGAAUGAGGCAACCCUCAAGUUCUACACAAGAGUCAUUCUGGGAGCUAAUGCCAUCUAUGUUGCUGUAAAUCUUUUGAUCUUUUACAAUUCUUCUUCAUUUUGGACAUGGCUGUUAUUUGCAUUUGCGCUAGCUGUGUAUGUAGGGAGUUACCGCUCCAUGUCCACGAUGGCCAAACCAGCGUUUGCUGAAGAUGGUAGUCUCCUUGAUGGAGGAAUAGACUUAAACAUGGAGCAGGGAAUGGCAGAACACCUUAAGGACAUAAUCUUGCUGACAGUGUUUGUCCAAGUGCUCAGCUGUAUCUCCUCGUAUUUUUGGUAUCUCUGGCUCCUGGCGCCAGCACGUGCCGCUCACCUGCUAUGGGUGAACAUUCUAGGCCCCUGGUUUUCUGCAGAGAGCCCGUCAGCACCUGAGGAAGUGAAUGAGAAAAAGCAGAGGAGACAAGAGCGUCGGCAGAUGAAGAGAUUCUGA